AUGGAGCACAACAAGAUCUCGGAGUACCUGACCGUGAUCAACCCUUCGAGCAACGGCUCUGUCGGAGAAAUCCCGAGUUCCAUCGGAAGUUUGAAGGAACUCCAUUUGCUCAAUCUCUCCAACAAUGCCAUCGCCGGCUCCAUUCCUUCGUCCCUGGGAAAUUUGACCAUAUUGGAAGCUCUCGACCUGUCAAGGAAUGAGCUCACCGGAAAGAUCCCUCCGGAGCUAACCCAACUCACUUCCCUCGCCUUCUUCAUCGUGUCGGACACCCGUCUUUCUGGGCCUAUAGCUCGAGAGAAGCAGCUCAACACAUUCGAGAAUGGCUCUUACGGGGGGAACUUGGGACUCUGCGGAGCUCCCUUGACAAAGAAAUGA